CUUCUCUUUCUGGAUCUCUCCUCCUCUCUCCCUUCCUCUAAUGCUGCCCCUCCUCUCUCUCUCACUCACUCACUCUCUCUCUUUCUUUCUGGAAUUAGUCCUCUGAAGUUUUGGCUCGCUGGCAGUGCCUCUCCUGUUACUGUGGUGUGAGCUGUUGCUGCUGCUGCUGCUGCUCUCAUUCUUGGUCUUUUCUUUGAGUGAAGGUGGGUGGAAAAUUUACAAGAGAGAAGUAUAGACACAAAAGGGGGGUUAGGAAGGAGGGGAGAUUUAUUUGCCUCUUGAGUAGUUUAGCCAUCGGCAGCCCAGGGCUGGCUCAGACGGCAGAAGGACGAGAGAAUGUCCCACCGGCUGCGGUUGUAUUUUGGCGCCGGCCGCAGUAACACAGCCCCUGAGCUGGAGGAGCCUGACGACGAGAGCAUUGAGGAUGGGAUGGGGUUCCGCUGCACCGGUGGAGCCAUGUCUUUCCAGAUGCAGCCAAGGCAGGGUAGGGUGUUCUAUGAGGCACAGCCAGCCGGAGACGCCUCGCUCAAGCGUAGCUCCUCCAUGUUCAUCCCACAGCUCAGUUCUCCUGAGCCACGGCCCACCAAGAGCUCCUCUAUGCAGAUAUCCCUCCAGCGUUCCAGCACACCUGCAGAUGAUGCGCUUUACCAGGACUGCCCACCAGCAUACCCAGACGAACCUGCCCCCGCCUACACAGAGCCUGCUCCUGGCUGGAAUGCCCCACCUGAAUACCCACGAGGGAUGAGUGCGGAGCACACGCACCCUAAUACUGAGCCUGCUCUCCCAAAGAGGAGAGUGUUUUGUGGGGGGCCUGGCGAUAUUCAGGAUGGAUACUUAUCCGGAACUUCUCCUGGGAUUAGUAUUGGAGGUUUCUGCAUCAAGAGAAACUCCCCAGAUGGAUCAGAGGUCCAGCAGCUAAGGAUCCUGCCCUAUGGAUCGGACAGUCAGACUGGUCCAUGCCACUGGUCUGUCCAGCAGAACUUGGAUGGUGGCUCUGGGGCUCAGAGGCUUGUGUUUCAGCUUCAGCAGGACCAGCCGAGACAUUCUGACUUUCAGAAGGAGGCUUUCAACCUGGGUUUCAUUGGAUCUAAGGGAGGACGUGUUGUACGGUACCCCAGGAUCCGCCUGGAACGGAGCACCUCUCAGCCAGUUAAACCCCAUGCCAUCCCUCGGCGGACUGGGUCCACUCCAGACCUUUUGGGGAGCACCUCGCAGAUGGACACCCAAAGUGAAGAUGCUAGUGAGGAUGGAGCUCAAGGCUGCACAUUUAACAUUCAAAAGGAGCAGAAACUCAGACAGCCCCAGUUUAAAAUCUACUUCAGCCAGGGUGCAGAUCACUGUCCCAUGUCAGCACAGGAUACAAGUUUGAGAAAUGGACCAGUCAGGAUAAAACCUCAGACAAGAGAUGACUUUCUCGGACAAGUUGAUGUGCCUCUUAAUCAUUUGCCGACAGAGGACCCGGCAAUGGAGCGGCCAUACACAUUUAAAGACUUCCUUUUGCGUCCUCGAAGGUCAGUGCUUAUUCACAAGUCCCGGGUGAAAGGGUACCUCCGUCUGAAGAUGGCCUAUCUGCCCAAGAAUGGAGCGCAGGAAGAAGACACCGCUGAGAUGAGGGAGGAGGCAGAGGGUUGGGAAGACUCGACUGACCCAGGCACCCAGCGUCCCCAGCAGCUUCUGCCCCCACUACCCCCUGGAUGGGAAGAGAAGGUCGACAACCUGGGCCGCACCUACUUUGUCAAUCACAACAACCGCACCACACAGUGGAAGAGGCCUAAUACUGUGGAUGUGGUGUCGGAGACAGAGAAUGAUAACCAGUUGCGGGAGAUCAACCAGGAGGCACAUCGUGUGUUCCGCACUCGCAGGCACAUCAGUGAGGACCUGGAGAACGAGCACCAGGAGCCUAGAGACGUGGACGAUACAUGGGAAACGAUCACAGAGGAGAGCGCUGUUGACUCCCUUAGCCAAUCCCUGCCAGGUCCGUCCUCGGCCACGCCUGGUGGACCGGAGUUCUCUGAGGAGAUAAGCCUCCGCCUGUCACUCACCCCUGACUCUAAUGGGGAGCUGCCUGGGCCCAGCUCUGCUGUGCAGAGCCAUCUCUCCUCCAGACUGCGUUCCUCCAGUAUGACUGAUGGCGUUAGUGAGCAGGUCCAGCCACCCCCUCCAAUGCAGAGCGCCCAGGCCAGACGAAGCAGAGCUCAAACUGUCACAGGCGUUGAGGAGCCCAUGCCUCCAUCAUCAGCGGCCUAUGCGCUGACCACCCCAGGCCUGCCCCCUGGCUGGGAGGAGCGGAAGGACGGCAAGGGACGCAUGUACUAUGUCAACCACAACAUCCGCAGCACCACCUGGACCCGGCCGAUCGCGCAGAACACAGAAGACGGUGCCAGCAGCUCGGCUGGAGCCGGGACCAGCGGGGGCGCCACCCCCUCCCCGGGCGGGGCCAGUGGGGGCCACCUGAGCGAGCCCCAGAUGCGCCGGCCCCGGAGUCUCAGCUCCCCCACCGUCACCCUCUCCACUCCACUGGAGGGGGCCAAUAACAUUCAGGUACGUCGAGCUGUGAAGGACACCGUGUCCAAUCCCCAGACGCCACAGGCCUCCCCCUUCAGCUCCCCCAAGUCUACGCCCAAGACUCCCCAGAGCUUCCUACCACCCGGCUGGGAGAUGAGGAUCGCCCCCAAUGGACGGCCGUUCUUCAUUGAUCACAACAGCAGGGUCACCACCUGGGAGGACCCACGCCUGAAAUACCCCAUCCACAUGAGGACAAAAGCAUCCCUGGACCCUGGUGACCUUGGCCCGCUUCCAAAUCUUCCAGAGGAGCCUGGCUGGGAGGAGCGUGUGCAUGCUGAUGGAAGAACCUUCUACAUCGACCACAACACCAGAAAUACGCAGUGGGAGGACCCUCGGCUCCAGAGCCCUGCCAUCACAGGCCCUGCUGUGCCAUACUCAAGGGAGUUCAAACAGAAAUACGAUUACUUCAGAAAGAAGUUAAAGAAACCGGCGGAUAUCCCCAACCGCUUUGAGAUGAAGCUCCACAGAAACAACAUCUUCGAGGAGUCGUAUCGGCGCAUCAUGUCGCUGAAGCGACCGGACAUCUUGAAGGCGCGCCUGUGGAUAGAGUUUGAGUCUGAAAAGGGCCUGGACUAUGGCGGUGUGGCCCGUGAGUGGUUCUUCCUGCUCUCCAAGGAGAUGUUCAACCCCUACUACGGCCUCUUCGAGUAUUCAGCCACGGAUAACUACACCCUGCAGAUCAACCCCAACUCAGGCCUCUGUAACGAGGACCACCUCUCAUACUUCAAGUUCAUUGGACGCGUGGCAGGCAUGGCUGUGUACCAUGGGAAGCUUUUAGACGGCUUCUUCAUCCGCCCCUUCUAUAAGAUGAUGCUGGGGAAACAGAUCACACUGAAGGAUAUGGAGUCUGUGGAUAGUGAGUACUACAACUCCCUCAAAUGGAUCCUGGAGAACGAUCCCACUGAACUCGACUUGCGGUUUUGUAUUGAUGAAGACAACUUUGGCCAGACAUACCAGGUUGACCUGAAACCCAAUGGCUCAGAUAUGUUGGUCACAAAUGACAACAAAAAGGAGUAUAUUGAUCUUGUCAUCCAGUGGAGGUUUGUGAACCGGGUGCAGAAACAGAUGAAUGCCUUUCUGGAGGGUUUCACUGAACUCAUUAUUAUCGACCUUAUCAAGAUAUUUGAUGAGAAUGAGCUAGAGCUCCUGAUGUGUGGUCUGGGUGAUGUGGAUGUGAAUGACUGGAGGCAGCACACGGUCUACAAGAAUGGCUACUGCCCCAACCAUCCUGUCAUUCAGUGGUUCUGGAAGGCUGUGCUUCUGAUGGAUGCGGAGAAGAGGAUCCGUCUGCUACAGUUUGUCACUGGGACGUCCCGAGUGCCAAUGAACGGCUUCGCUGAGCUCUAUGGUUCCAAUGGGCCCCAGCUCUUCACCAUAGAGAUGUGGGGGACGCCUGAUAAGCUGCCCCGAGCGCACACCUGCUUCAAUCGACUGGACCUGCCUGCCUACGACACGUUUGAAGACUUAAGAGAGAAGCUGCUGAUGGCUGUCGAGAAUGCCCAGGGCUUUGAGGGAGUGGACUAAAGAGAGAGAGAGAGAUCAGAACUGCCUGGCAAUGCAACUACAGACAAAGCACUACUCUCUCACACACACACACACACACACACAAAGAUACACACACACACACUCACACACACACACAGAUACACACACAUAAAGCUGCCAUUUUGCCACUGAGCCCUAGUGGCCCACAGGUGUAGCUGCGCAGACGCAGACGCAGACGCAGACGUGCACGUUUAUGCAUGCAGCGGGCUGCAGCCCAACCCUGAGACUGCUCAUAGCCCAGCAGUCAAGCAAAAGAGCAGGGCCCUUUAUGCUGGAGUCGGUGUCUGUGUCUGUCUGUCUGUCUGUCUGCCUGUCUGGGGGGGCUGAGGCAGGGCAGGGCAGGCAGGAGCAGAGGCCCCUUCUCCAUCUCGUUAGACACGAGUCUCCGGUGCAUUUCUACUCUUCUCUUCUGCUGGAAACGGGCACGGCCCUGAGUUUUUGCAUUAUUUUAAUAAAAAAACAAACAAAUAAAAAAAAACAACAACAAAAAAGCAAACACUAAGACAACCUUGCAACUAUGACUUUAGCAGGUCUCACACUACCAUAUUACCUUAGCAACACAAGCCAAGCACUGAUGAUGACAUGAUGACCGAUGAUCAGAGUCCACUCUCUCCUCCCCAACAUGCCACGCUGUCCUGCCUCCUGGCUUUUUAAUUCUCCUUUUGCAACAAAAAAAAGCUAUGAAGCAACAGGAUGUUCAUAAUCAUUUUUAUUGGAUUUUUAUCAUCCUUGUGGUUACUCUUAGGGAAUACUCAGAUGUGAUAUUUCUACCAAUCUGAUGGUUUGCCCCCUUAGGCUAUGUUAUCUGUAGGCAUGAAUCAAGCCAACAGUGAAAAAUCAUCCAUAUGGAUUGCGAGCAAGCCUCAAUUUACACAUUUAUCAUAGUGCUAUGAAACUGGCAUGAACAUGUUACUUGUGUUUGCUAUGAUUACAUAGUAAUUGUUCUGUUUUUCUCCUGCUGAGAUGUACAAGAAGGGCUGUGGUGAAAAUAUAAGACAUGUACAUUAGUUUGGGUUGGAGAAGGUGGGGACAUCACAGCAGAUAUACAUAUUAUUAUUAUUAUUAUUAUUACUAUUAAUAUGAAGAUUAUGCUUAUCCAUGUCCAUAAUGCUGUAAAUUAAUUUCUUAACAAUUCUUUCUCAUAUGUAUGUAUUACAUCAGAUGGAAGUAUUAAUGAACACAUGAACGAUUGAAGCUGUGCAAGAUGUGAUGUUGAAAGCCACAGGCUUUUUGUCUUUGUUUUAUUCUCUCUCUCUCUCUCUCUCUCUGUCUGUCGAUGCUUCUUUCUCUCACACACACCACUAAACCAAAAGGGCACUUUAUUGAUCCCAUUCUUGAUCAUAUCGGCUGUCCUGCGUCUUAUAUUAACUUGAAUGUGAUUUUGUUUGUUUGUUGAUUUCUGCUCUUGAAAGCACUCAAUUACCUGGUGCAAUACCUUAUGUCUACAUCUGACUGCUGCUAACGUUUUAACACACAGUCAUGGCAACCCAGACCUGGGUCUCCCAUUUUCUAGAUUCUUCCUUCAGCCACUCACUAAACAUAAAUGUGGCCUAAUAAAUUAAUGGUAUUAUUUAUCUGUCCUCCUUUUUUUUUCUUUCUUUCUUUCUGUGUCAUUUUUAAAUGGGGUUCUUUUUUAUGAAUGGGGGAAUUAUCACUUUGUUUAAUUCCACAUCACCACAAGCUCAUGCAUUUCAUAUUACUUGGAACAAAUUAAAGUGAGACAUUGAACUCCGUAA